UUUCAUAGUGGCAAUGACUCGAAACAUCCAUGAUAUGACAUGAUCUAUAGCUACCUCGUUGAGACUUUCAAAAGCGAGACGAAUUCCUAGUUGAGUCUCAGAUCUUGAACGGUUGCAGAAAGGGUCAGUCAGAUCUCCAUGUAUACACCCGGCUAUGCGCUGUAAGGGAUUCUCCGUCGUUAUGAUCCUUUCACCCGUCACAAAAAGGAAUAACGGGAUGAUUGAUUACUUACUUCCCUGCGAGGAGAAUCCCGCGCGCAUUAUCAAAACCUGGCAAAGAGCGAUCGCCGUGGUCGCUGCCACUAUUGCUUGUUCUUUCUCGAUCCGUUUAGAGUUCUUCAGCUAUCAGACCCAUCCCUACUCCACAACUAUCCGUCGCAAUAAUAAGACUGCCCUGGGAGAUAAUCUCGCUCCUUAAGUGGCGCGAGAUGCCCUUGCAACUGAGUUUGAUGAGAUUU